GUGUUAUCAGUGUGUUGUUUCACAAUAAUAAUCAAAAUAUAACAGAAUAAACAGAAACAGAUUUAAAUAAAUAAAUAUUAGGAACUCGAAAUUAUUCUGUACAAAUUGAAGAGUUGUUAAGAGCGAAUUUUUUUUAUCAAAAUGUCGCAUCAACUACCGAUCACCACAGCGCCCAAGCGUCGUCCCAUGGAUAAUCCAGCGAUCGCCGCCCAAAUGCUCAUGAACUUGAACACAUCGGAGUCUUGCAAAAACACUCCUGCAGUCGCACGUAAACUCGACGCCCAUCAUCGGGCCCUUCUCGAGUCCGGAAGUCAAAGUGCUGCCAAUAGCCCACUGCCACAACGUCGUCUCGACAAAUUACAAGGAAUAAUUUGCGACAAAGCUACACCACUUGCCAUCCGCAAACGUCUCGAACUCGAGGGGGAUGUCGAACCCUCUCCCAUUGUUUCGCGCAAAUAUUUAAACUACAACGUCGUCGAUAACGCUUAUGCCGCUGGACCACGAAACAGUCUCGGCUCCGCUACAAUUCGUCGAAACACAGAUUGCGAGGGCUCGCCCAUGUCAAUGCGACGACGUGUCGAUUCCGAUUGCACGUGUGCCAAGAAAUUUGCCGAGUGUGGAAGCAAUCACAAGCAAAUUUCCACGUUGCGUCGACAAAAGACAGAUUUUUAUGGGUCGCCAGUGAAAAGUGUUCUUGGUGAGCCCGGCGUUUUUAGUUCGCCAAUGCACAAGCCGAACGCGAUGACCGCGAGUUUCGGAAGUCCCGCCAAAAGUAUGAUGGGUGAACCGGGAGUGUUUGCAAGUCCCGCUCAUAGUGUCAGUUCGCAUGCUUACAAUGAAAAGAUCGCUGGUGAGGGCGACGACGAGGACAGCAUGUUGCUGCAAGACCAAACAAUCGUUUCGGGCUGGCUCAAGUUCAGAGACAACAAGAAGUGGAAAAUCCGAUGGGGAGUUGUCACAAAAUUAUCACCAGCUGCAGGUAAGUCUAAAUUUUAUUAA